AUGAACAUGGCAAAAGAAAUCCAAAUCAGGCCCAAGGUUAAUGUCUCUUCUUACAUCCACUUUUUACUGAAUUACAGAAACAAGUUUAAGGAGCAGCAGCCAAAUACCUUUCUUGGCUUUAAAGAGUUCUCUAGAAAGUGUUCAGAAAAAUGGAGGUCUAUCUCAAAGCACGAGAAGUCCAAAUACGAAGCCCUGGCCAAGCUCGACAAAGCCCGUUACCAGGAAGAGAUGAUGAAUUAUGUUGGCAAGAAGAAGAAGAAACGGAGAAAGCGGGACCCCCAGGCACCCAGGCGGCCUCCAUCAUCCUUCCUACUCUUCUGCAAAGACCACUAUGCCCAGCUGAAGAGGGAGAAUCCGACCUGGUCGGUGGUGCAGGUGGCAAAGGCCUCGGGGAAGAUGUGGGCUGCAAAAGCUGACGUGGAGAAGCAGCCGUAUGAACAACGAGCAGCUCUCCUGAGAGCCAAGUACCAAGAGGAGCUGAAAGCCUACCGCGCACAGUGCAAGGCCAGGAAGAAUCUCCGAGGGUUGGCGAGGAAGCAGCGCAGAGGGUGUGGGCAAACUGAGUCAGCCACAGCUGGUGGAUCCAAUUAG